AUGCGUAGACAUUUAAGGAAGCCUCCAUCCUUUGAUACUUAUCUUUCUUCUUCACAACCUACACCUGUCAUUCAAUCAAACACACCACCUCAUACACCACCUUACUGUUCAAAGAGGUCUAACUCACUAUCCUCCUCAUGCUCUUCGAUUUCAUCGGAGGAUAAUCCUAAUUAUCCAAAUUUUUCCAGAGAAGAAUUGAUUUAUGCUAAAAAUUCUCUGAAUAUAUCUACCAGUUCACUUAAUAGUAUUCCUCAAAUUCGUACACGAAGAAGUUCAGGUGCUACCAAAUCUGUUCGGUUUUUAGGAGCAGAUGAUGAUAAAAGUGACCGUUCUAGUAUUUCAAGUUCUUUGG